CUGCAUGGGGACACUGUAGAGUGACCUUCUGGCCUCACCUGUGGAAAGGAUGACGGGCUCUGACCUCCUGUGGCUGGCCUUGGCCUCCUGCGUUCUGACCCUGGCAUCGGCAGUGCAGCAAGACCCUUCCACUGUGGAGGACAAGUGUGACAAGGCCUGCCGCCCCACAGAGGAGUGCCUCCGCACAUCCAACGGCACCUGGGACUGUUUCUGCAGACAGAACCUUAACAGCUCUGAUAUUCACAGUUUGAAACCUCAGCUGGACUGUGGGGACAGGGAGAUCCAGGUGAAUCUGGACAAGUGUUUGCUGGGAGGCCUGGGUCUGGGGGAGGAAGUCAUUGCCUACUUGCGAGACCGAAACUGCAGCAGCAUCAUACACAGAGGAGAGAGGAACUGGGUGUCUGUGACCAGCCCUGUCCAGGCUAGUGCUUGUGGGAACAUUGUGGAGAGAAAUCAAACCCAUGCCAUCUACAAAAACACCGUCUCCUUGGUCAAUGAUUUCAUCAUCAGAGAUACCAUCCUGAAUGUCAACUUUCAAUGUGCAUACCCACUGGACAUGAAACUCAGCCUCCAAACUGCCCUACAGCCCAUUGUCAGUUCCCUGAACCUCAGUCUGGAUGGGAACGGAGAGUUCACUGUCAGGAUGGCCCUCUUCCAAGACCAGAACUACACGAAUCCUUAUGAAGGGCCCACAGCUCUGCUGUCGGUGGACACCAUGCUCUAUGUGGGUGCCAUCUUGGAGAGAGGGGACACCUCCCGAUUCAACCUGCUACUGAGGAACUGCUAUGCCACCCCCACUAAAGACAAGGCUGACCCUGUGAAGUAUUUUAUCAUCAAAAACAGCUGCCCAAAUCAGCGUGAUUCCACUAUCCAGAUGGAGGAGAAUGGGAGGUCUUCGGAAAGCCGGUUCUCAGUUCAGAUGUUCAUGUUUGCGGGACAUCACAACCUAGUUUUCCUGCAUUGUGAGAUACAUCUCUGUGACUCCCUUAACGAACAGUGCCAGCCUUCUUGCUCAAGAAAUCAAGUCCGCAGUGAAGGACAGGGCAUCGACCUAGCCAGGGUUCUGGAUUUGGGACCCAUCACUCGAAAAGAUGCCCAGUUUUCUGGUAUCAGGAGUGGAACCCCCAGCACCUCAGGGUUCCUGGUGGCCUGGCCCAUGCUGCUCCUGACUGUCCUCCUGGCUUGGCUGCUUUGAAGGCUCAACUGGGCAUCUUGCUUAGAUGUUUGUGUCCUUCCCUCUGGCAGUGGCUCCCAUUCACCCUUCAGCACUGCUGGAAUCUUCUCCAAUUCAUGCAGUCUUGGUAUUAACAGACUUAAUGCCAGGCUAGGUUUAGGGGAAGGGAAGAGCUUUCACCUUCUUUAAUACUCUGGCUGGGUGCAAUGGCUCAUGCCUGUAAUCCUAGCACUCUGGGAGGCUGAGGCAGGUGGAUUGCCUGACCUCACGGGUUCAA